AUGGAUGUUAAGAAUGCUUUUCUCAAUGGGGAUCUUUCUGAAGAAAUUUAUAUGCAGCCCCCUCCUGGUUAUGAUCAUCUCCCUAAUCAGGUUUGUCGUCUCCGUAAGGCUCUAUAUGGACUUAAGCAGGCGCCUCGAGCAUGGUUCUCCAAAUUCAGCUCCAUUGUUUGUCAGAUUGAUUUUCAAUCUAGCACUUAUGAUCAUGCCUUAUUCAUCCGGAAGACCACUCAGGGUUGUGUACUUCUCUUCCUUUAUGUGGAUGACAUGAUCAUUACUGGUGAUGAUUUGCAGGGCAUUUCCACUCUUAAGAUCUUUCUUAGCAAACAGUUUGAAAUGAAAGAUCUUGGUCGACUAACUUAUUUUUUAGGCAUUGAGGUCUCCUCCAACCAAUCGGGAUAUUAUCUGUCUCAGGCCAAGUAUGCCACUGAUCUUGUUUCUCGUGCAGGACUCACUGGUACUAAGACUGUUAACACUCCGAUUGAGCCUAAUGCCCAUUUUUCAACCACUGAUGGUACUCCUCUUAGUGACUGCACCUUAUAUCGGCAACUAGUUGGCAGUCUUGUAUACCUUAUUGUUACUCGUCCUGAUAUUGCGUAUGUUGUCCAUAUUGUGAGUCAGUUCAUGUAUGCCCCUCGCACUACUCAUUAUGUUGUUGUGCUUCGGAUCAUCCGUUAUGUCAAGGGCAAUUUGUUUCAUGGAUUUCACUACUCCAGUUCUUCCUCUCUUUAUUUGAUCGCAUAUUCUGAUGCUGAUUGGGCUGGUGAUCCUACUGAUAGACGCUCCACUACUAGUUAUUUCUUCUUUCUCGGAGAUUCUCUUAUAUCUUGGCAUAGUAAGAAGCAAACGGUUGUCUCUCGUUCCAGUACUGAAGCUGAAUAUCGAGCUCUUGCUGACACCACCUCCGAGCUGUUAUGGUUACGAUGGUUACUCCAUGACAUGGGAAUCACUCAUUCAUCUGCAACCCCUCUUCACUAUGACAAUCGUAGCGUCAUACAGAUUGCCCACAAUGAUGUAUUUCAUGAGCGCACUGAGCAUAUUGAGACUGAUUGUCACUUUAUUCGUCAUCAUGUGCUCGAGGAUACUGUUCGCCUUAUUCCUGUCCCUUCCCAGGAUCAGUCUGCAGAUAUAUUCACCAAAGCUCACUCUCCUCUUCGCUUUCGUGCUCUCAUUGGCAAACUCCAGAUGACUGAUACAUUACCAUCUUGA